CGAACGCGAAACCCUAUCCGAACCCCGCGCUCCCCGUCUCUCUCCUCCCCAGUUUCAAAUGAGCGCCUGCAAAACCCUAGCUCGCACCUCCUUCUUCUCCUUGGAAUCCAAGAUUCGGAGACCCAGAAGAGCUCUCCAUUCCAAUUCCUCCGCUCUUAGCUUCGCCUCUCUCCCCUCCUCCCCUCUCCGCUUCCCCCUUGGCCUCCUAGGUCUAAGGUUCAAUGGAACCCAACCCUACUGUGCCGAAGCCGCCGUCGAUCGAUUGGACGACUCCGGAGACUCGUCGGAGGACACCGUGGAGGAAUUACUGUCGAAAGGAGACCGGAUCGAGCGGCUGAUGAAGAUGGAUCGGAGGUUGGAGCCCGAGCAAGGGCGGACCCGGUGGUUUCCCUAUCUCGAUCUCUUUAGGUCUGGGACGGCGUCGCUGAGGAGCGAGGAGAUUAUAGCGGCGCUGGAUUCGUAUAUAUUGGAGGCGAGGAAGGAGAGGAUAAGGAGGGUGGUGGAGAAUCGGAGCUAUUCGGUGUGUUUGGUGGUUGAAGGCCUGACAGAUUAUGGGAAUGUGUCAGCUGCGCUCCGUUCGGCAGAUGCUCUUGGGAUUCAAUCGGUUCAUGUGAUUUCAAGCGAUAACCGAAAAAGGUAUAGAGAUAAUCGCCAUGUCAGCAUGGGUGCUGAGAAGUGGCUGGACAUCGAGCUCUGGAAUUCACCAAUGCAGUGCUUCACGGCUUUGAGAAAGCGUGGUUAUCGCAUUGCAACUACUCAUUUGGGAAAUGAUUCGGUUUCUGUUUAUGAGUUGGAUUGGUCGUGUCCUACUGCUAUAGUUGUUGGAAAUGAACAUAUGGGUAUAAGUGAUGAUGCUCUGCAACUAUCUGACUUGCACUGUAGCAUUCCAAUGAAAGGCAUGGUGGAUUCUUUCAAUGUCUCUGUCGCUGCAGGCAUUCUCAUGCACCAUGCUGUAUGUGACAGGGUUUCUCGCCUGGGUCGGCAUGGUGAUUUGACACCUGAAGAAAGUCAGAUCCUACAUGCAGAAUUUUUCUUGCGCCAUAGAGAGAGUACCAUUAGCAUUAUUCAUGAGUAUGCAAAACGGAAGGUGGAUAAGUUUGCAAGGAAAGUUUGAAAAGAGAAGAAAUAAGAAACAUUGAUGCUUAGCUUUGACAAUGGAACACUAUCCUGGAUUUCGAAUGUGGAUGACUCCUUUGCUAGAAUAUUCGAAUUUGGAAGUUGAUGCACUCUCUGCGAGCAAAUGGGAGCAGACUGCUGUUUUUGUAGACUAGAUUAGAUAGUCAAUCACUGAUCAAUGAAGAAAUUAUCAGCUCAUAAUCUUCUUUGUAUUGUAUGAAUUACAUGGCAUUUCUUAAUUGAGAUUACUUGAUAGUCUUGUUCUAGUUGGGUUGUAUGUCGGAUAUACUUUUUUUGAGUGUUGCAACAGUAUUCAAAGUUGCGAUUGGUGCCUUGUGUUUACAAGAAUUGCCAUAGUGCACUUAAUGAAAAACUCUUUCUUGAAGUUA